UUUAGCUUUAGCAAGGAUUGUUCGACUUGCAUCCUUAUACUUUCAUAUCGAUCUUUUUCUUUUUUUGAGAUUUCAGUCUCAAUGUAAUCAUUAUAUGUCCUACAGAUUCUUCCUCUGAUACAGAAGUACAAAGUUGUACAUCUAAAUAAAACUGAUGCUCGACUCGCCAAUAAUGGCCAACCUUUGGAAAUUCAGAAGCUGGGCUACGGAGUAAAUUUUAGUGAUCUGAGAUUCACUUCUUAGGUGGAGGAAUUGGAUAGAAGGGGUUAUCAAGCUUUUAAGGCAAAAUGGUCAUUUCCUAGUACUUCAUCUUAGAUAUGAAAUGAACAUGUUGGCAUUUUCUGGCUGCACUCAAGGUUGUAACAGCGAGGAGGUGGAGGAGUUGACAAGAAUGAGGUAUGCUUAUCCCUGGUGGAAAGAGAAAAUAAUUAACUCUGAAUUGAAAAGGAAAGAUGGUUUAUGCCCCUUGACACUUGAGGAAACUGCUCUGAAUCUGAGGGCGCUAGAAAUUGAUCCAAGUUUCGAAAUUUAUAUUGCAGCUGGUGAAAUUUAUGGUGGAGAGAGAAGAAUGGCAAUUCUUGCAAAUGCUUACCCAAAGUUGGUCAAAAAAGAGACACUGUUGGAAUCGAUUGACCUUAGGUUUUUCCAAAAUCACUCUUCCUAGAUGGCUGCAUUGGAUUAUCUAGUUUCACUGGAGAGUGAUAUAUUUGUUCCUACAUAUGAUGGAAACAUGGCCAAAGUUGUUGAAGGCCACCGCAGGUACUGUUGUGAAAAGUAUGAUGUAAUUGCUUAACCAUUUUAGUGGUUUCAUUUUCUUAAGGGUAAAUGAGUUGGAAUUGAAAUACCGUAAGUGAGAUCCCAAUUUUCUGUUUUUUCCCACAGUAUUUUGUGCAUGACCAUUAAAGCAAGGUGCUCUUUCUACUUAAAAGACAGCCAACGCUGGGCCUUUUAUUUUACCAGAAGUUAUUGAUUUUUCAUGGCUAGUAUCAAGAUAAUUGUUAAGCAGAUCAAGGGGAGGCUUUUGACGUGGCCUCUCCAUGCUUAUGGUCUUUAUUUUAAUCCAUUUUAAUUGAACUAAAACAUUUUAUCUUAACUGAGAUGUUUGUUGUCUUUUUCAAAUUUCUUGGGUUCAAGAAGACAAUUUUGUUGGACAGAAAACAGUUGGUAAACUUGAUAGACCAGUACAAUAUUGGAUCACUUACCUGGGAUGAGUUUUCAUCAGCAGUGAAGAAAACUCAUGCGGAUCGCAUGGGUAGAAGCUACCCUGCAAUUACAGGGUGAGAGCAGAUUGAUCUGCAUUGUACACCGGGGUGACGCAAAUACAGAUUUAGUUUACGCAUACUUUGGAUUCACGGAAGGUUAAUUCCUUUCCCUUCCAUUUUUGUAUUUUUUGUCUCUCUUGGAUCGGGCUACUGCCACCAAUUUUAGAUUUUCUUUAGCAUAUAUCACAUUUUAAUCAUCCUC